CGCGGCGGGACCUGGAGUCUGGGGCUCAGGAUGUAAACAAACAUGGCGGCGCCCAGUUCCUGGCUGCGUCCGUAUCUGUUAAGACCUCGAAGUAUUCCGGCCCUUCCACCCAUUGAAUUGACAGAGAAGUGUCUGAAGAGGGCCAGUGUCACGAGCAGGUGUUUGGCCAGUCGGAGCAGGGAGCAGCAUUUUGGCGUUCGCUCCCGCAGUUGGACCAGCGAAUUACAUACCACUGAGGGACUGCAGUAAAGCAGUUAAACUUGGCAGAAAUCUGGAGGUUCCCAACCCCCUUAAGAUGUACGGCCUGUACUUGGAAGCAGUGAAUGAUUAUAUCAACGAGUCGUACGGAGAGGAUGUAUGGAGACUGAUAGAGGCCCGGGCAGAGAUACCGCAUCUCAAGUUUGUCCGCCAUCAGAUGUACAAUGACAACCUGAUCCUGCGGCUGGCCAAGGCAGCAGGCGAGGUCCUGGGGAAGACCCAUGAUGAGCUCAUGUAUGCCUUCGGGGUUUACAUGGUGAAGAGGAUCGGGAACUAUGGCUACGAGAGGAUUCUCAAGGUGUUGGGGCGUAAUGUGCGUGACUUCAUCAAUGAGCUGGACAACCUGCACGAGUACUUCCGCUUCUCCUUCCCCAAGGUGCAGCCUCCCAGCUUCUGUGUGGAGGAGGAGUGUGAGACCAGCCUCACCCUGCACUACCGCAGCACCCGCAAGGGCUUCACCCAGUUUGUCAAAGGCCAGCUGUCUCAAGUGGGAAGGCAGUUCUACAACACAGACAUUGAAGUUGAGAUCCUGUCCAAAGAGGAGACUGAGAAGAUGACAUAUGUGAUCUACAAGAUGAACUUUGACAACGCUGCCUUCAAGCACCGCAUGCCCCAGCAGAAGACGGCCCCAGGGUACGAGAAGCUACCCAUGAAGAGGGGCAUCUUUUUCGACAUGUUUCCCUUUAGCGUGAUCUUCCGCCGGGACAUGACCAUGUACCGCAUCGGGGACGGUCUAAAGGAGGUCUUCUCCGACCUGCAGGGCAAGAAGGUCAACGAAGAGUUCACACUGGUGCGACCCAUGCUGGAGUUCAGCUGGGACAACAUCUACACCCACCUUAACAAUGUGUUUGAGCUACUGUCCAAAGCUGUGGUGGAGAGCAAGCAGAAGGUGAAUGUCCCUAAACUGAGCAAGGAAAAGGAAGACGAGGGAAAAGAGGAGAGCGAGAAACCCAAGAGAGAGGAAGAGAGAAGUACAGAGAAAUCAAGGGUGCGCCCGUCGCCACAGUCAACCGACAGGAGAGAUGUGAAGUCUGUGGAGGAGAUGAAGGGAGACCAGGAGUUCAGCAGUGCUCUGACUCAGUACAACAGCUCAGCCAACUCAGGGGGAGAGGACAUCGAGCUGCUCGCCUUCCAGACUGUCACCGUUCUAUGUCUGUGGAUGACCCCACCCUGCUCUUCGUCAUCUCCAGGGAAGUGCAGUGAAACUAUCUUCGAGGAUAUGAGGGAACCUCCCAAGAAGCCCCUCCACCUGAAGGGUCAAAUGAAGUACGUCCCCCAGUGGGACUCGCUCAUCUUCCUCAGUACACCCAUUAUAGAGACAGUGGAGGACAUGAUUAAAAUGGGCGUCUAUGUGAAUGAUCUGAACCUCCAUGACUCCAGCCGAGAGCUCAUCUUAGCCGGAACACAGCAGUCGGCUGAACUUCAGCUGGCUCUUGACCAAGAGCAGCAGAAGUACGCCCAGCUCCAGGAGAUCAUCAAGAAGCUUGACGAGGAGAAGAAGAGAGGAGACUCCCUCCUCUACGCCAUGAUCCCCAAAGCUGUGGCUGACCGGCUCAGGAAGGGUAUCACGGCCCUGGAGACAUGCCAGGUGUUCCCGGACGUGACCAUCCUAUUCAGCGACGUGGUGAAGUUCAACGAGAUCUGCAUCCACAUCACGCCCAUGCAGGUGGUGGACAUGCUCAACGAGAUUUACAUCGUCUUCGACACGCUCAGCGAGAAGCACAACGUCUACAAGGUGGAGACCAUCCGAGAUGCCUACAUGGUGGUGGCAGGCGUGCCCAAUAAGACAACCUUCCAUGCCCACCACAUAUGUGACAUGGCCCUGGACAUGCUGAGCUCCAUCGACCACCUCAAAGACCCCUCCACUGGAGACAACAUCCAGAUCAGAGUCGGGAUCCACUCAGGGAUGGUGGUGGCUGGGGUGGUGGGGCUGAAGAUGCCUCGCUACUGUCUGUUUGGAGACACCGUCAACACUGCCUCCCGCAUGGAGAGCAAUGGGGUGGGCAUGCAGAUCCACAUAAGCCAGACCACCAAAGACCACUUGGAACAUGAGCCCUACAUAAUUGAGGAGAGGGGAAAGAUCUUUGUGAAGGGUAAAGGCUACAUGAAGACAUAUUGGCUGAAGGGGAAGAAGGACCUGUCGUUUAAGACUCCAGCAGAGCUCCGCUACAGCAGUGAACAGAAGGACUCAGAGGACAGGAGCUCCAAUGGGUCCACCUGCACCAACACCAAGCGCUCCACCUCCAACCUGAACAUUCCCAACGAGGAGCAGGCAGAGGGCAAGCCCACCCCCACAGAGCUGCCUGCAGAGCCCUUACCUUCACUAGAGGGCGCCCCCGAAGACCCCACAGACCCCACCGAGCCCCAGGAGAAGAAAGUAAAAAAGAACACUAAGAACAACAACAAAGGGGGCGCGGCCAAGCCCGAAGCUCCUCCCCAGCUGGUCAAUGUGGUGCAGGAGAGUGCAGUGCCUCCUGCUGCUGCCCAGGAGACCCCCACGGCCCCCCCGGCCACCGCCGCCCCAGUGCUCAACAACAAGAGGAACAGCUUCAGGCAGCACACCAAGCUGCCCGCCCACCUUCCCAUGCGCAGCACAUCCUGUUGCCUACUGUGAGAGGAGAGGCAAAAAUAAUGUGACUGGCCUGCAUCUUAUUGACAGUCCUGUGAAGGGAAACUCUGAAACUGACCCUAACCUUGAACCUUAACCAAUUAGAAAAUUCAACAUGGUUUCGCUGGUCAGUCACGUCCCUUUCGUUUUUCCCUACUGUGAGAUGGACCAGGCCAGAGUUUAAGACCUCUCAUCUCAGAUUAUUGGCCAUCCUUCAUGUUCAAUAUAUUGUAUGACGCCCUGUUGUUUAUCCUAUGUUUUUCCUUAGGCAGGACCUGAGGGUCCCCACAGCAACAUUCAGGGCAGCCCACACCUAAUGUAAUGUAUUCAUCCAUUUAUUCAAGGUGGAGUUACAGAGGUAGACACGGCGGACCACCCCACUUAAGUAUUAAUAGAGGAAACAUUGAUGCCCCUAAAAUUAAACAAAUGUGACAUUGCUGAAAAGGGAAAAAAUUAUUAUCUUCCAACAAAUAUAUACCGAUACUCAUGUCUUGAUGACGUGUUAAACAGUGGGCCUCUCUUGGUAAUACAAGCACCUGGCUAAUGUCACAGAUUUGCGCAUGUUGUUGAAAGGACAGGUCAAUAAAUGUACAGUUCAUGUACUAUUUAUUAAGUUAUUACUGUCGGUGAAAACACCUUUUUCGAAUUACAGGAUCACAAUGGAUUGGUAUACAGAGUAAGAUGAGAUGUCAAAAGAUUGUUGUAUUUUAUUUGCAUAAACUAGUUCUGAGAAGUCUGACCCAAGUUACAGUUCUGAUACUGUGUUUGAUGAUGGAAUAAUAUUGACUUUAAUAAUAAUUUAUAUAAUAGCGCUUUUCCUUUUGCUGUAAGUGCUUUACCUUUCUGUUUUGUAUUUGUAAUUUGUUGCACAUUUACUGAAUGUUAGCAUAUCUUUGUCCAUAAAAAAUGUACAGACAAGCACGUCAA